GUGUGAAGACAAGCAAGAGAAGAGAAGGAAGAGAAGCAAGGGCAAAGCAAAGCAAUACUCCGAUCCAGAAGUGUAUGAAACGGUAAGAAGGAAGAAGCUAAGGCAUGGAGAAUCACAAGCAGCAGAACGGUGUGGGUGGUAGCAGCAGCAAGGAGAAGAAGAAGACUAGUGUAAGAGGGAAGGUGGUGUUGAUGAAGAAAGGGGUGCUGGAUUUCCAUGACAUCAAAUCCAACGUUCUUGAUCGAAUCCAUGAGUUGAUGGGCAACGGUGUCUCUCUUCAGCUUGUUAGUUCUCUCACUCCUGAUCCAGUGAAGGGGAAUAGAGGAAAGCAUGGGAAAGUGGCAUACUUGGAGAGGUGGGUUUCAAAAAUAACAUCAUUGACAGGAGCAAAAGAGACAGAAUUUGGGGUGAAAUUCGAUUGGGACGAGAGCAUUGGGGUGCCAGGGGCAAUCAUAGUAAGGAACAAUCACCAUAGCCAGUUUUAUCUAAAGACAAUCACCAUUGAAGACAUUCCUGGCCAUGGCUCUCUCCAUUUUCCCUGCAAUUCUUGGAUAUACCCUGCUCAUCGUUACACCUACGACCGUGUCUUCUUCUCUAAUAAGGCAUACCUACCAAGUGAAACACCGGAGACACUUAGGAAGUUGAGGGAAGAAGAGUUAGCGACGCUUCGAGGGACAGGGACCGGUACCCUUAACGAAUGGGACAGAGUCUACGACUAUGCCUUCUACAACGACCUUGCUCUUCCUGACAAUGGUCCCCAUUUUGCUCGUCCCGUUCUUGGUGGCUCCCAUGACCUUCCAUACCCACGCCGUGGAAGAACCAGUCGCCACAACUCCCUCACCGAUCCCGAUACUGAGUCCAGAUUGCACCUUUUCAAUCUUGACAUCUAUGUUCCCAGAGAUGAACGCUUUGGUCACCUCAAAUUCUCUGAUUUUCUAGCUUAUUCUCUCAAAUCCAUUGCUCAAGUUCUUCUUCCUGAGAUCAGAUCUCUCUGCGAUAAAACCAUUAACGAGUUUGACACUUUCCAAGAUGUUCUUGAUAUUUACGAGGGAAGCCUUAAGCUGCCCAGUCCAGGUGUCGCUUCUCAACUUCGAAACCUCAUUCCAUAUGAACUGUUUAGAGAACUUGUUAGGAAUGAUGGUGAGAGGUUCCUCAAAUUCCCAGUACCUGAUGUCAUCAAAGCUAGCAAGACUGCAUGGAGAACCGAUGAAGAAUUUGCCAGAGAAAUGCUUGCCGGUGUUAACCCUGUCAUCAUUCGUCGUCUCCAGGAAUUUCCCCCGGUGAGCAAGUUGGACCCUGAAAUCUAUGGAGAUCAAAAUAGUACCAUCAAAGCAAAGCACUUAGAAAACAGUUUGGAUGGACUCACUAUAGAUGAGGCGCUUGAAAACAAGAAGUUGUAUAUACUCGAUCACCAUGAUGCAUUGAUGCCAUACUUAACUCGAAUAAAUUCUACAACCACAAAGACUUAUGCCACAAGAACACUCUUGUUUCUACAAAAUGAUGGUACAUUGAAACCAUUGGCUAUUGAACUGAGCUUGCCACACCCACAAGGGGACCAACAUGGAGCAGUUAGCAAAGUUUUUACUCCCCAAAAAGAAGGAGUACCGGCUACUGUUUGGCAACUGGCCAAAGCUUAUGUUGCUGUCAAUGAUUCAGGAUACCAUCAACUAGUUAGUCAUUGGUUAUUCACUCAUGCAGUGAUUGAACCAUUCAUAAUUGCCACAAACAGACAAUUAAGUGUUCUUCACCCAAUACAUAAGCUUUUGCAGCCACACUUUAGAGACACAAUGCAUAUAAAUGCCUUAGCUAGACACACUCUCAUUAAUGCCGGAGGGGUGCUAGAGAGAACAGUUUUUCCCGGUAAAUUCGCCUUGGAAAUGUCAGCUGUUAUAUACAAGAGUUGGGUUUUCACAGAGCAAGCAAUCACAGCACAGUUUCAAACAUUGCUUGGUGUGUCACUGAUUGAAGUUCUGUCAAGACAUUCAACAGAAGAGGUUUAUCUUGGGCAAAGAGAGAAUCCUUACUGGACUUGUGAUGCUGAACCAUUAGCAGCAUUUGAGAGAUUCAAACAGAAGCUCAUAGAGAUUGAGAACAAUAUCAUGGAAAGGAACAAGGACAAGAGAUUGAAGAACAGGAACGGUCCAGUGCAGAUGCCUUAUACCUUGUUGUAUCCAAAUACCUCAGAUUAUUCAAGGGAGGGUGGUCUCACUGGAAAGGGAAUCCCCAACAGUGUUUCUAUCUAAGUAGUAAGAAUUUCCCUGUUUGCCAGGAUCCCUUCUCUUAUUGGGUUGUAAAAGAUGAUUGUUUUUCAGCUUAGUAUUUAAAUGUAAUUGUUUAUGCCAAGACUAGAGUAUAUGUGAAAUCUAUAUGUUAAUAGGCUUAACAUUAUCAUGUUAGCACUUCAUUGAUUUGUUGGAACUUGUACAAUAAUACAUCAUGUAAUGGUUUUGAUUCCAAACUUGAGAUAUACUAGUAAUGAUCCUUCUUCUUUUGUUAA